UACAGCAUGUUCUACAAAACAAAACAACAAAACAAAAUAAUUAAACUUGUGUACACUACUUGACGAAAACAAUUCAAUACAGAUUGGAAUUGCGUGAGAGAACUGUCGUAAAGCGACAGCAAGGAAGCGAGAAUAUUCCCUAUCUUGUGUGUAAACUGUUUAGCUGAAUAUCCGAAUUCGACCUGACAAAGGACAAGUUUGAUGUCAAUCACUUUUGGAAAUUUGAAGGUUAAAUCUUUCAUGUUAUAGUUUCUUUGAAUUGCGAGGAAUUAGUCGAGACCCGUUCUAUUUGGAUUCCACUUUUGUUUUAGAAUUGCUUGCCGGUCCGCAAAUACUUAACUUACCUUUUUUCCCUGCAGAGCCACCACUUCAGUGGUACAAUGAGGAAGAUUUACCAAGGCUUUUGGCUCAUCUUGUUUGUUCUCUUCACAUUAAAUGAGACAGCAAAUUCCAACUUCGGGAGGUUUAGGGCUUUGUGCUCCAGUGACGAGCAAUGUCAAAAUGGAGGACUCUGCUUACAUAACAGUUGUGUUUGUGACUACGGUUAUACAGGCUCAAACUGCGAAGCCAAACUUCAAUGUAAUGAUUCUAAUUGUGUUAACAAUGGUAAAUGCGAGUUGGACCUACAGACUAAUAAAACAUUCUGUAGCUGUAACCAGCACACAGUAAGUGACGGUAGAUUCGAAGGAGUUUUCUGCGAGAAAAAGGUUCCUUGUCACGCGCUUGGUUCCUGCUUGAAUGGCGGUUUGUGCCAAAGAGAUCCUUACGUGACGGAUCAAUUUUUUUGUGAAUGUCGUGACGGCUUUAUUGGACCCGUCUGCGAAGAAAGAACGUCUUGCCGUAAAAAUUAUCCAUAUAAGUGUCGUCACGGUGGAGUGUGUGACUCCAAAAUUUGCUCAUGUGUCGGCGGAUACACUGGCUAUUUUUGUGGGCUGCAAGUCACACCAGGUACGUCACGCACUACUGAAGACUGCCUCUCUGUCGCUAUAGGGAGCGAUGGAAAAAGAGAGCCUGGGAAUCAGAUUCCCUAAUUGAUAUUUUUCUUCUCCAAUCUCCUUGUCAACUGGAAGACUGGCCCCUAUAUCUGCACUCCUUCCACCCCCGGAGACCAUCAACCAUUACUAUCACCCAACUAGUGGACUAAUGCAAAUCCUGCAUUUUGAUUGGCAACGCUACCAGGGGACUAUUGGUAAUAGUCAUUGAGUAGCGAAAUUGGCGCCAUCGAGCGUGACGCUUUCUUUCGUUUUAUUCCCAAAUAAAUAUUUCUUCAAC